AUGGAGAAGCUGGACAAAAUCCUUGACGCCUGCGUCGCUAAGGGCGACAAAACAACUAAGGACGAGCUCCUCGGCGCCGCCUUUGUCGUUGUGAACAAGGACGGUGUGAUUUACCAAGGCUCAGCAGGGCGCACAGCCCCACCAGCAGACUCGCCCAAGUUCUCGCCCGCGUCCUUCACAUGGGUGGCUUCGCUGACCAAGAUCGCGACGGCGACGUGCGCAAUGCAGCUCGUGGAGCGGGGGCUGGUGGCGCUGGACGACGACAUGCGGCCGCUGGUGCCGGCGCUGGCGCGGCUGCCGAUCCUGCGCGGCUUUGUCGGCGCCGACGUGCCGUUCCUUGAGGAGAACACUUCGCCCGUCACGCUGCGGCACCUGCUCACGCACACGGCCGGGCUCGGGUACGCGGGCGCGGACCCGGACUACGACAGGUGGGCCGCGCACGUCGGGUACGGGCCGCCCGAGGAGCUCCGCGGCACAGUCGCCGCGUGGGAGACGCCGUUCAAGUUCACGCCGGGCCGGGGGUGGUACUACGGCACGGCGAUUGACUGGGCUGGCCAGGUCGUCGAGAAGAUCUCGGGCAAGACCCUUGGGGAGUACAUGGCGGAGAACUUGUUCAAGCCGCUGGGGAUGGAUGAUUCUACCUUCCACAGAGAGGCUCUACCUCAUGUUCAGGACAGGAUUGUGCCAACCUCGUACCGCGACGCCCAGACGGGUGAGCUUGCGGCUGGCGAUGACCCUGUCCCUGUGCUUGCCGACGGAGACGUCGAGAGCGGUGGUGCUGGGCUAUACACCACAGCGACAGAUUACGCGAAAGUGCUUCAGGCUCUGCUGAAGUCUCUAGCAGGCAGCGAGGGUGCACUUUUGAAGAGGGCAACUGUGGAAGAGAUGGUCCAGCCGCAACUAACAGAAGUGCAGAGGCGGUGGCUGAUGUUCCUGACAGACCUGUUCCAUGACGGUUUGGCGCCUGACUUUGUGAAGGGCAUGCCGUUGGACCACGGCAUAAGCGGCGUAAUCAACAUGAAAGAUGAGCCGGGGAAAAGGAAGAAAGGCAGCUUGAUGUGGGCGGGACUCUGCAACGGGCACUGGUUCAUCGACCCGGCUUCCGGCAUAGGGGCAACGCUCUUCACCAAUAUCCUCCCGCAGCCGGACGCUGCUGUGAUAAGAGUGUGGGAUGAGCUGGAGAGGGCGGUCUACGGCGAUCUACUGCCAUCUCUUGGCUUGUGA